GGCGGUUCGGGAGUGCUCGGCUCGGAUCGGCUCGGCUCGGCUUGGCUCGCGCGGCGGAGAGGCGCUGCUCGCUGGAUGGAUCCGCGCUCCCUUCUCUCACUUGUAACUGAGGACCUCGUGCAAACUCUUUGGUCUUUCUUUGGUAGAGUUGGGAUUUUGUUCCCUUCUCCACUCCGUCUGCUUUUCGAUGCCAGUUCAGUUUGAGGACAGUCGAAUCUGAAGGACAGGAAGUCUCUGCUUCAUCAUGGCGGCAGGAGUAGCGGCGUGGCUCCCUUUUGCCAGGGCUGCAGCCAUCGGCUGGAUGCCCGUAGCCAACUGCCCCAUGCCCGUUGCACCGCGCGACAACACCAAGAGACAAGAUGAACUGAUCAUCCUCAAUGUCAGCGGCCGUCGUUUUCAGACCUGGAGAACCACUUUGGACCGCUACCCCGACACCCUGCUGGGCAGCUCUGAGAAAGAUUUCUUUUACAACGAGGAGACCAAGGAGUACUUUUUUGACCGAGAUCCUGAUGCCUUUAGAAGUAUCCUCAACUUCUACCGAACUGGGAAGCUGCACUACCCUCGUCACGAGUGCAUCUCGGCCUACGACGAGGAGUUGACUUUCUUCGGCAUUAUCCCUGAGAUCAUCGGCGAUUGCUGCUACGAAGAGUACAAGGAUAGGAAGAGGGAGAACUUAGAGCGGCUGCAGGAUGACCAGGAAGAAAACAAAGACCUGAAGCUGCCCAACUUGAAUUUCAGAGAAACCAUGUGGCGGGCCUUCGAGAAUCCCCACACCUCCACCAUGGCUCUUGUCUUCUACUACGUCACCGGUUUCUUCAUCGCCGUCUCGGUCAUCACCAAUGUGGUUGAGACGGUUCCCUGCGGUUCGACGGCCAACCAGAAAGACAUGCCUUGUGGCGAACGCUACACGGUGGCGUUCUUCUGCAUGGACACCGCCUGCGUCAUGAUAUUCACGGUGGAGUACCUGAUGCGCUUGUUUGCCGCGCCGAGCCGCUACCGCUUCAUGCGCUCCGUGAUGAGCAUUAUCGACGUGGUGGCCAUCUUGCCGUACUACAUCGGCCUGGUGAUGACCAACAACGAGGACGUCAGCGGCGCCUUCGUGACGCUGCGCGUCUUCCGAGUGUUUCGCAUCUUCAAGUUCUCCCGCCACUCGCAAGGCCUGCGGAUCCUGGGUUACACGCUCAAGAGCUGCGCGUCGGAGCUGGGCUUCCUCCUCUUCUCGCUCACCAUGGCCAUCAUCAUCUUCGCCACGGUCAUGUUCUACGCGGAGAAGGGCUCCAGCUCCAGCAAAUUCACCAGCAUCCCGGCUUCCUUCUGGUACACUAUUGUCACCAUGACCACUCUGGGAUACGGAGACAUGGUACCAAAAACGAUUGCGGGAAAGAUCUUUGGCUCCAUCUGCUCCCUGAGCGGCGUGCUGGUGAUCGCUCUGCCCGUCCCCGUCAUCGUGUCCAACUUCAGCCGCAUCUACCACCAGAAUCAGAGAGCAGACAAGCGCCGCGCUCAGAAGAAAGCGAGACUGGCCAGGAUAAGAAUAGCCAAAUCCGGCAGCGCCAACGCCUUCCUUCAGAGCAAACGCAACGGACUGCUCAACGAACUGCUGGAGCUGACGGGUACAGAGGAGGAUGAGCAGAAGCUGACAAAGUCCACAUCUCUGUUAGAGAGCCAACACCACCACCUACUGCACUGCCUGGAGAAAACCACUGCUCAUGAAUUUGUGGACGAGCAGAUGUACGAGCAGAACUGUUUGGAGAUGGCUCUGCAGACCUACCGCUCGCGCAGCCCCUCCAUACCCAGCCACGACAGCCCCGCGGGGACCUGCUGCGGCCGGCGGGGGAAGAGGAACUCCGCCCUGCCCAACACCAGCCUGCCCUCCUCCCACCCGGUCCCGACGCACCAGGGCCCGCUGCAGGAGCUCAGCGCCCUCCACAUGCAGUGUGGCGAUCCGCUGUCGCACCCCACCAGCCGCUCUAAGCUCAACCUGAAAACCGACGACGGCAGCAGGAUCAACUGUAAAAGCGGCCGCAUCACCACGGCGAUCAUCAGCCUCCCGACGCCGCCCGCUCUGACCCCCGACAGCGACGGCCUCCACGGGCCCCCCCAGCGGAGGCCGGCCCCUCCUCCGGGUCACCCUGCCGCUCCCAGCAUCCAGACCACCACCAGCUCGGCGGGCAGCAACAUCGUCAAAGUGUCUGCUCUGUGACUCGUCGACUGCCAGGCGUACCUCAGCUCAGCAGGAGGAGGAGGAGGAGGAGGAAGAGGAGGAGGAGGAAGGAGCAGGUAACACGGUAUUGUCCGACACACUCUUAACAGAGUGAGGGAGAAGAGAGCUGCUCUCCGGAGGAGUCGCCCCUUAAGAACACAAUCCCGAGGUAGAGGACUGUAGAUAUGUGAACUGAGAACCACGCUCUAGUCCUGCUGUAUAUGUACUGUAGAUAUGGAGAGAACCGCUACGUUUCUAAUAGUUUCUAACAGCAGUACAGAUGUUUUACAGGGAGCACUGUGGAAAAGAAAAGA